AUGACUUCCAAACCGCAAAUCACGUUGUGGUUUCUCAAUGCCUCGCGCGCUGUCCGCAUAGCAUGGAUGCUCCAAGCGCUCAACCUGCCGUACGAGUUAGUCCGGGCUGAACGCGCCUCCAAUGGUCUUGCGCCGCCCGAAUUCCGGCAGAAGAUUCCUGGGUCUUUGCGAAAAAGUCCGACCAUUCAAGACGGCGAUCUUGUUCUCCAAGAGAGUGUGGCUAUAAUUGAAUACCUUUGUGAGACGUAUGACAAGGAGCAUGUCUUCCUGCCUACAGAAGCGAAAGAGAGAUUGAAGGUGAAGGAGUGGCUCAGUGCAAGUGAAGGCACUUUCUUGAUGCAUGGGAUCGCUAUCAUGUAUGCGAGAGCGCGGUUGCCGCAAGAUCUGCCCAACCGUGCAGAGGUCUGGAAAGAAAUGAAUCAGUCAAUGUCUGGUAACAUUGAUAAUGCACUCAAUUGGCUGAAUUCGGAGCUGAAGAAAUCGCAUUCCAACGGUGGGAAGUACCUCGUUGGUGGGCGCUUGACGGCCGCAGAUAUCGGCAUGCUCUUCGGUCUGCAGCUGAUAUACGACCGCAAACUCGGUCUUGAGCAUUUGGAAAACAGUGGCAACGGCAAGUGGCCAGACAUCGAGAAAUGGAUGGACUAUUUGCAGGAUGAGAAGAGCUGGAAGGAUUGUGUAGCUAAGACGGGCUUUCGGAUGGGCGCAACAUUGUGA